AUGGAAAGUACAUACUGCGAGAAAGUAGCCGACGUCGGUGAGAGCAAUAACGGCGUUAUGGUACGGCAACAGUUGACUUCGCUGGGUUACGGUAUCGAUAAAAUGAAGAAAGUGGACAACAGGUCAACCCAGAGGACUGUAUGGGUGUGGCGACAGCUCCGACCAGAUGCUCUCGCAGCUGCUGGCGGUCACCUGGCCAGAGGAGAAGGCACUGUAUAUGUUAACAAGCUUCAGAAAAUGCCCGAGUUCGGGAAUAAAUGCUCUUUGGUCUCGGCGGUCCGAAAGGGCCUUAAAGAAUUACGAUCUAUAGAGAACCAAUGCAAGUGGUUACCCGAGACUUACAUUCUGUUGAAGAUUCUCGACCGGAAAACCGCCUUAGAGUACUUAAAGGGCCUCGAAAAGGGACGGCCAUCUAAGGCUGUCAUUCAACGAUACAUUAGUGAUCCUCUCCUUUUGGACGGGUGUAAAUGCGACCUCAGAAUGUUCCUCUUGAUAACGCGAACGGAACCGUUGAAGGCGUAUUUUGCUCGUGGAUAUGUACGGCGCACUCUGAGUGAAUAUUGUUCCGAUAUCACUAAUCGCUGUGCACAUCUAACGAACCAGGCAGUUCAGAAAAAGCUUGGAGAUUAUUAUAAAACUAGGAAGCAGGAAUCGACCUGGAGUAUCCAACGCUUGUGUGAAUACUUAGCAUCAACUUCGUCAUCUGAGGGAGACGCCUCGUGGUGGCUUAACACAUGGUACUGUCGUGUGCUCGAGCCCAUCAUUAUGGAAAUGGCAACA